AGAUAAUAAACAAGAGUAGGAUGCCCUCUGGCUGAUCCAGCCUUGUAGGGAAGAAUGCUGUACUCCCAUCCCUGCAGCUAGAACUGUUCCCUCCUGGGGAGCAGCAACUACUGCUGAGGUCCUGCCCCCCACCCCACAAUUGCAUGCCACCCUGAGGACCCCGUGGAUCCUACAGUCAGGGGAGAUCAGUGGGCCUAACUUUGGAAAGGGCCAGAGGGUAAGAAGGAGAAGGAAGGCGGGGACCCAGGGCUCCACCUCUGCUCACCACUCAUCUUGUCUCUUGUUUUCCCCCGCCAGAAACCAGGAGUAAGGAAGCUUACGAGCAAGCCCCAGGUGGAGAGGACCCUUAUAAUUGCCAAAGCCCAGCGAGAACAGAGCCUACUCAACUUAUCUGAUGACAGAAGUUCACUGUCACAAAUUAAGUGAACAAGACACUCCCUGGGACUACACACUGAUUGAUUCUGCCAGCAGCUCCAGUCUCAUGGCCAUUUGAGGUGCUAGGGGCCGGGACUCCAGAGCCCUAGCAAGCAGAGGAAGCACUCCACUGUCAUAAAGGACACAAGGCCAGACCUUUCCCAGGGGAUCCUCUGCCUCCCCUAAAGUGGACAUGAAAAGUGUGACAGAACCUCCUGUGGGGACUUCUGAAACCUCCAUGUCUGCAGCCCUGGGAGACCUUGGCCCCAAGAUGUGAACGACUGGUGGUAUUAGAAAAAGAUUCAGCCUGCCCUGGUGGCCUGCAGGACCUCAGCAAUGAGAUCAUAAUUAUCAGAUUGUACUUAAAAUGUAUCUUAAAUGUCAAUCUUUCUCAGUGAUAUUGUCAUGUUCCGUAUUCACUGUACUAACCACAUAAGCAGUAUUCUAAGCACUUUACUGUAAUCUAAGCUAUUUAAUAUUCAAAGUACAUUUGUGCAGGAGAAUUAAUAAUCCUGUGCUACAGAUGAGGAAACUAGGCCCAGGGUCCCACAGCUGGUUCAUGCCAGAGCUGGAAUGUGAGGCCAGGCAGUCUAGCUGCAUGCUGGGCACCUCACCACUGUACCAAAAGCCUCAAUGAAAACCAUGCUGUGCUGUAAAUGGGCAAGUAAGUACAGGUCUGCAAUCCCUUAUCUGCAAUUCUGAAAUCCAGAAGAAAAACCUCUCAAAGUCAGAAGUUUCUUCCAAGCUUUGUCAUCAAAUCCUGACCGGGGGGAAGGGCAAGAGAAAAAAAAUUCCUGAAGUGAAGUGAGGCUAUUUAUACUCUGUUUACUUCUUGUGUGCCUUCUUGCAGUUUUCCACAGAAAUAUUAGUUUGGGAAAUCAUGGAGUGUCAUCCCAGACCUCUCUAAGUAGUGUUAUGUGAUAUCCAGCAUCUACAGUACCUUCCUAAAGCCAAAAGAAUUCUAAAUUCUGAAAUACAUCUGGCCCUAAGGGUUUGGGUAAGGGAUUGUGGACCUGUAUUAAUAAGGUUUUCUAAUAAAUGUUUUAUUUUUACAGUUGUCUGGCUGUAUAGUGAGACAAAUUAUACACAGCGUGGGUCUGGUCUCCACCCAUAGAAGUUGCAAGUGUCCAGAUGGACCUCAGGGCUCCCUCAGCCCUGGAUACACUUAGAUACUCCUGGGCAGAAUUGGAACAUUCUUCCCUUGAGAAGGGGUUGAGGCAGAGUGGAUUUGGGGGAAGAAGAUUGGAGGAGGCUCCUGGCCAGCCAUUCUCAUUUGUAAUUGGUACAGCUGUGUCACCUUUCUGUACACUAUACAUACCCCCAAGACUUGCGGCUUCUCCACAGACCAGCCCCCCACGCCCCUAUGGGGGAUAUGUUUGGUGGAACUUAGAUAGAGGGUCUGGCUUCCAUAAUUGCGAGCCCUGGGCAGAAUGGGCUAGAAGUUCCUGUCCAGUUCUGUGCUUCUCCAUGUCCAGGACCCCAAAUACCUCCGGGACUGUGCAAUUAUAGGACCAUCCCUCCAGAUAAGGAAAACGGGCAGAGAGGCCAUGAACUGAUACAGUCCCAUUACGCCCCCUACAGGACAGAGGCAGAGCCCAGUCACUUACGAUCCAAAAGUUAGGGUCCUCUUGCUCUUCCAUUGGCCUCAUUGGCUACUUAGUUUAGAAACUGCCCUAGGGCAGGGGCCAUGCUGUCUACAUCUGUCCUGGGUAUGCAUCAGGAAACCUUGUUUUUGCACCUCAUUGCUUUUUUGCUGCUGGCUUUCCUCACCCUCUGUCCACCGGCCUCUCACUAGAACAAGAAAACCUGGGGUUCUGGGACCUGGAGGCUGGUAAACAAAAGCGCCAGAUGAGAUAAGAGAGCACAACACUGCCUGCGGGGUGCCUUCCUUCCCUUUCCUGAGUUCUACUAACCCUUUCCACUAGAGCAGUCCCCACUCUGACUUCUCACACCAGAGAGAAUGUACCAGCCUUUAUGCUGCCAAUGGCACCAUCCUGACCUUCAGGAAGUGCUUGCUCUAUAAAUGGAUUAUGAGAUCCUUGGGAACUGGGCAACUGCAUUUUGCUUUAAUCAUAUUUUCCUGGAGUUUCUGUUGUGGCUCAGCGGGUUAAGAACCCAACUAGUAUCCAUGAGGAUGUGGGUUUGAUCCCUGGCCUUUCUCAGUGGGUUAAGGAUCUGGUGUUGCCACAAGUUGUGGCACAGGUUGUGGAUGAGGCUUGGAUCCUGCGUUGCUGCAGCUGUGGCAUAGGCCAGCAGCUGCAGCUCCAAUUCAACACCUUGCCCAAGAACUUCCAUAUGCUGCAGGUGUGGCCCUAAAAAAAAAAGUCACAUUUUCCUUAGACACUAGCUCAGUGUUUUGCUCAUGAAACCAUAAAAUACAUUUUAGACCUAAAGGGAUCCUAAAGCAUCUCUACAAACCCUUGAUAAUUGGACAUACUCACAUAAUUCUGCUUCCCCCUGCUGAGGUCUCAUGGCCUCUCACUUUAGAGUCCUUCCUGUCCAGGCUGCGAGCUCCCUUGAGAGCAUCCCUCUCUUAUCUCCCACCCAUACCCAACAUAUACUGGUCUAAGCCUGCUACACCUGCAAAAAUGGAAGCAAAGAGACGUGAUUCAACUAGGACUCCACAGCCAGGUAGGAGGUGAACUCAGGGGUCCUGAGUCUAAUUCACAGAGGGGUGAACCGGUUCAGAAAGCAUGGCAGUACCAUCAACCUAGGCCUUGCUCCCACUGCUCAUUUUUGUUUCCCUAUUUAGCAGUAGCUAGUCAGUGGUCUCAACCAAAGUCUGGGGCUCUGGGCCAGCCUGGACAUCUGCCUCUCUUCUGGGUUCCUCCCUCAUCUCCCUGCCAGGAGAGAAACUUGUGAGGGAACUGAAGGCAAAUAUGCAAAGGGAGUUCUUUUUAGCCCUGGGUUUUCCCCCUUGGGCACCCAGAACAGUCAGUCUCAGGAGUGAACGGAGGCAGAGAGGCAAGUAUGGAGGUCUCUGAGUGCCCUUGGAUGCAGAAAAGUGACACCUUUCAAGGACUCUUUGGUCAAAUCACAGAUGUGAGGGAACAGCCUUCCUACCCAGCAGGUUCUGCCAGGGGCCUCUCCUGGGAACUGUUUCCCUCCAUCUACCAGACCAGGUGGGCUAUGGUUCAGAACUGGGAUCUCCAGCCAUGGACUCACCCCUUGCUCAGCCUGUGGGUGAAGUGCUGUCAGACUUCUAAUCCUCAGGCCACCCUGAUAUCCCCCACACACAUUUGUACUAAUAUCACAUGCUAACCAUUCACUCGAGAGUCCUGCCCCGAACCACAACUUUUGGGGGGCCACUACAUUCAAACCAGAAUUCUAUGGCUGCCCAGUGUGGCAUGGUGCUCUGUGAUUAUGUGUCACAUGAAUGAAGGAAUUCAUUAAUGAAUAAUAAUGAAUCAUGUAUAUUCAAUGAAUAACAUUGGAAUCCACUCACCAAAUGACAAGGCUUUUUUUCUUUCUUUGUUUUAAAGUCCACACCUGGGAGUUCCCCUUGUGGCAGAGAAGAAGCGAAUCCCACUAGUAUCCAUGAGGAUGCGGUUCAAUCCCUGGCCUCGCUUAGAGGGUCGGGGAUCCAGUGUUGCUGUGAGCUGUGGUAUAUGUUGAAGACGUGGCUAAGAUCCUGCAUUGCUGUGGCUGUGGAGUAGGCUGGCAGCUGCAGCUCUGAUUCAACGUGUAGUCUGGGAAUUUCCAUAUGCCUAGGCUAGUCUGUUUCUCUCCUCUAACUUCCUGGAAAAGUUCACAGACCAAGGCAGAAACAGAAGGAUAAUUGAGAGCAUAGGCUAUCUCACCUGUGUCUCUUUAGCCUUCCCUUGCCCCAUAAUGCCACAUAACUGAAUAGUAAGAGCAGAAUGGAACCACACAGCCUCCCCUCAAGGCAAACAGCCAGGGAGGUGGGAGUCAGCCUGCCAGCUGUCUAUGCCAAAGGUCCGACCUUCAGCCAGGCUCUUCCAGGCCCCUUUGCUCCACCAGAGCAAACCCAGGAAGCCAGAACUAUCUACAUUGCAUCGAGGGUAGAAGAGAAGCUGCCAUUGGUCAUACUCUGUGCAGCCAGGACCUCUGGAAUCUGACUGGGGAGAAUACCAGGGUGUGGAGGACAAGGCUGAGUCUCUAACCCAGAGGGCGGAAACGAGCCAGAACUGUAACAUCAGAAGGCAUUCUGGAGGCCCUCCAUUCCAGCCUCCUUGCCCAGGGGUCAGUAAACUUUUCCUGUAAAGUGUCAGAUAGUAAAUAAUUUUUUUCUUUUUUUGGCUGCCAUGUGGAAGUUUCCUGGCCAGGGAUUGAAUCCGCGCCACAGCAGUGACAACGCUGGAUCCUUAACGGCUAGGUCACCAGGGAACUCUGAAAUAUUUUAGACUUUUCUGGUCACAUACAGUUAUGUGUCAGAAUACCCACCUUUGUCUUCUUUUUUUUUUGGAGUGGGGGGAGGGGGCUUGCAAGCAGCAUGAGUAAGUUUCUGGGCCCAAAAUGGAACCAGACCCACAGCAGUGACCUGAGCCGCUUCAAUGACAUAUUUUAUCCCUUAAACCGCUGCGCCAGAAGGGAACUCUUGAUUGGAAGGAUUAUAGAUGGGUGAGGCGAGGCAAAGUAGGUGCAGGGCAUGCCCAGUCUGAAUUGUCUGAGGGCAGAUAAUAAGAAAGGGGUGAGUUAGUCUGAUGAAUAAAGUUGAAAACACCCAAGUCCCCAAGCAACUCUUCGACCCCGCAGACGCGCUGUGGCAGAGCGAGCUCAAUCCCGCCAGUUUCCCACAGACCACGCCCCCCAGAACCGCAACGUUGGAGUCCUCGGGCGCAGAGAGGUCUCUGGGCUGAAGGGCCGGAAGUGCGCAACAGCAGCGGGGGUUGGCUGCUGCACAACCGACUCUUCUAGAGCCUUUGGGAGUCCUGGCUCUCCUGAGCGGCUGCUGGGCACCUUUGGUCUGACUGAUUAGAGUGCUGGCUUAAAUUGAUUCUCUCCCCUCCUCUGUCCAGUUUCAUCAGGCAAUCUUUUCUCUGGUGCAGCUGGAUGGGAGGCGGGGCUUCCCGGGCUGGCGCGUCUCCUGGGGGCACCACAGAGACGUGGUCCUCCAUCACUUCAGCCCGUCCCCUCAAGUCUAUGAGUUAGCGCGCCUACGUCAUUUUCGAUCGCCUCGGACGGGGUGAGGAGUGCCGGCUUCUGAGGAGGAAGCAGCAGGGUCUGACAGACUGGGAGGGAGGCGAGAAAUGCGUUGGGAUCUGAGUUUGCAAGUUGCGUCUCGAAGGAAAGUGGAGGCUGCAGUCUGGUUGUGCCCCCCACUGCCUUCGGAAGGCAACUGUGAGGGCGGGUCUAGGGCCUUCGCGCCUAGAGUUGGGGAGAGCCUGAAAAAAGGGAGCAAGUCUUGAGCAAGGCCUGAGGAGGGAAGGCUGGGUUGGGGACAGCUUUGGAUCACCAGCGUAGCUUAAAGGCAAGCCUUCUGGUGCGUCCCCCGCUACCCAGCUCUGCGCUGAAGCAUCCACGCCAGCCGGCAGCGCCUUAAGAUGGCUGGCUGUGCUGCUACUCCCAGUCCUAUGCAGACACUUCAGGAGGAAGCGGUGUGUGCCAUCUGCCUAGAUUACUUCAAGGAUCCUGUAUCCAUCGGCUGUGGACACAACUUUUGCCGAGGGUGUGUGACUCAGCUGUGGGGCAAGGAAGAUGAGCAAGACAGGGAUGAAGAGGAAGAUGAAUGGGAGGAGGACGACGAGGCGGUGGGGGCCAUCGGUGGAUGGGACAACUCCAUUCGACAGGUUUUAUACCAGGGAAAUGCUGACGAGGAGUUGUUCCAGGACCAAGAGGAUGAUGAGCUCUGGGUCGGUGACGCUGGUGUGAGGAAUUGGGACAACAUGGAUUAUGUGUGGGACCAGGAGGAAGAAGAGAGGGACUACUACUUGGGAGGCUUGAGACAAGACCUGAGAAUUGAUGUCUACCUGGAAGAAGAGGAGGAGAUAGUGGAAGAAUACGAUGAAGACGACGAAGAGCUGUAUCUUGACAGGCAUCUGCCUCCUCCCCUAGCCCCUCCACGGCAGUUCACCUGUCCCCAAUGCCGAAAAAGCUUUACACGUCGAAGCUUUCGUCCUAACUUGCAGCUGGCCAACAUGGUCCAGAUAAUUAGCCAGAUGUGUCCUACUCCUAAUCGAGGGAGCAGAGAGAAUGAUCAGGGCAUCUGUUCCAAACACCAAGAAGCCCUGAAACUCUUCUGUGAGGUGGACAAAGAGGCCAUCUGUGUGGUGUGUCGGGAAUCCAGGAGCCACAAACAGCACAGUGUGGUACCAUUGGAGGAAGUGGCACAUGAGUACAAGGUGAGAGGCACGAGGGAAUGUGGGGAUUUGAAGGGAGUGGAGAAAAAACAAGGGGAGCUGGGUACUUGGUAGGUGAACCUCUUUUUUUUGAGGGAUGAGGUGGAGGGUGGAGAGAGAUGGGCAUAUAUGGACAAAGGAGGCACUGGCUGAGGCAGACUGGCUUCCCUGCAGGAAGCUGUCAACUUACCCCCUUUGUUGUUACUCCCUUUCAAUCUACCCCAGUAUUCGCGUGAAAUAAGUGACAGACCCCAACUACUUAAUUUCCCUCUGAUGUGAGUCGAGUCUAUACCUGAUCAAGAUACCAGGACCCUCAAUACAUAGGAAUAGAAAGCCACAGUACCUAUAGAUAAUAGACAUUUAAAAUACAGUGUCAAAACAGAGGACUAGUAUUGGUAAACCAAAAGGCCGAGUGUGAGUGCUGGCCUAGUAAGAGCAACUGAACAUGCCCCCCUCCAAAAGUCUGGGACUGCUUCCCCACCUUCAUUAGGGUGUAUUUUUCCCUGUAGUGAAAGGCAGACAACAUAAAACAUCUUUAAUGGAUCAGAAUAAACCUCAGGUCCUGAUCACUUUCCUCAUAUUUUAUCAGUGGAAGGAGUGAAAGAUUUAGGAUCAGUGGACCUAACUCUGCUACUUACUGGACCUAAUCUUGGGCAAGUUUCAACCUCUUAGCUUUACUUUCUCCCUAGACUUGUUAACACUAAAACAGAUCAUAUAUGUGAAAGUAUUUUGUAAACCACAAAGCACUAAACAGAUACUUGUUUUUUUAAUGUGACUUUAAUUUCUUUGGGUUCUGAUUUGGUUAAUACCUUGCUUUCUAGUCCUGAUCUGAGUAUUAGAGAAUUAUCUCAGUGACAGCAUUAAUAUGUCAAAAGCCUAGGUGGAUGUGACUCCUCACAGAACCCAAGGAGGGGGAGGUUAUCUUCAGGCCCAUAAGUCUUAACCUGUAGUAUUCAAUAGCAGCUGCUCAUAGUUCAGUAAUACUUUACAGUUCUCCUACAGCAAUGGUUUUCAAACAGUUUUUUCUGACCAAUUAGUAUUAAAUUAAAUGGGUCAUGCCCUGCAUUGUUUUGAAUGAAACAGAAGCAGAGUUCCCUGGUGGCACAGCAGGUUAAGGAUCCAGUGUUGUCACUGCCCAUCCAGUGGCAUGGGUUCAGUCCUUGGCCUGGGAACUUCCACAGCAUGCUGCAGUAAAUUAAUAAACAAAUACACAAAUAAAAUGUCAGAGUGCAUGGGAACACAGUAAGGGUAAGUGCUGUUUUAUGAAACUUUAAGUUAUAUGUACACAGACAGGCAUAUACUUGGUCAGGUAAAACGAAUUGCUUACUCUGGGUUGCAGUCAAAACACAUAGAACACUGCCCUACAGGUAUUGUCUAUUAGAUAUUAUCAUCCACACUUCAUAGUAACUGUUGGUUAAGUGCACAGAUAAGACACAAAUCUUAACUACAAACCCCUGCUAAUUCCAUCAUACUGACUUUAAGGAUAAACCCUAGUAUCAUGCUUUCCCCCAGGGUCAUUAAGUUUGCCUAUAAAAGAAACUAUGCCCUGUACUUAGUACACUAAGGCUGAGAGGAGGUAACUUUUCAUUCCUCUGCUAGAAUUUCCUAGAAGGGAUUUGAAACCAAAAUUUUAAUUAAAAGCCAAUUUAGACCCCUCGCUCUGCAAAAGGGACCAGAUGCUUCCAUCAUCAGUACUCCUUGUUUUUCUAUUUUCUCCUUAGAGGUAGCUAAAGAAGCAAAAAAAAAAAAAAAAAAAAAAAAAAAAGUUUUUUUGAGGUCUUUAUCAAGUAUAUAUUUAUGUAUGAUGCAGAAGAUAAGGUCAGCUUCUUAUCUGAAAAUGUUGGGCAGUGACACAUGCCAAAUAUUGUUAAAUUUAUGCCAUUUAAAAACAGUGGAGUAUUCUGCAAAGCACAAUUCUCUGCAGUUUUAAGAUUGGACAGCAUUGGAAUAUUGAGAGGAAUUUUCAAAGACCAUGAAACCAUAAUAUUAAAUAGCCCUUUUAAUUGCAAAGGAGAAAAAAAUAGAAACUUAUGAAAGCUUGUAUUCCAAGUGCUGUCACAGCUUUUGAGAGGAAAUUGAGGAAUUCUAGAAUUUCAUCAACUUCUGCGUCUGAAUUCUGAAUUGACUGAGCAUAUCAAAAUUAAAAAACAUUACCUCAUCUUGCCUUGCUAUUAGUUGAGAUGCAUCUAUUAAUGAAAAUUGUGCUUUGCUUAAUGUUCAGAAUAAGGCUUUAAAAACUGUAAAUGUGCUAUUUUCACUAAGCCUAAUAUUUGAUUACUAAAGACAAUAUUUUUGAAUUUCUGUCAGAAGAACUUGAAGGACAAAACUGUAGGAGUAUAUGUUGGCGCAACUGUGAUGGCAAGUUUUAGAUCUGAGUCUUUGUCAAAAGUUGAAGAAAAUUGGCAUUCAAGAUGUUCUACAGCAGUUACCGUCCAGCAUCGACUUCCAUCAAUCUGCCCAUAAUCUACUAGAAAUCUUAAGCCUUGAUGUCAGCAUGACUGUUGUGAAAAACAGUACAUUUAAUCCCAGUUUGCCUUGAAUAUCUGAAUGCUGUUCAGUGUUUUCUGUCACACACUGAGGUUUCUUGGUUAUCAAAAUAGUUAAGCUGAAUUUAUUGACAGAACAACUGGCUUUGGAACAACAAUAAAAACAACCGAUACUUAACACACUGAAGCUUAAAAUACAUUGACCCUAAAUUGUCAAGGGGGCAAAGAGUAACAUCAUUUGCUCAUUAUGAAAUACUUUAAGCACUUGCCAAAAUUCCAGCUACAUAUCAAACUCAUGCUAAAUGUGUGUUGAUUUUCUUGACCAGUCUUUCAAGGACCAGAUUCAUCAAUGUUAUUUCAAGAAAAAAAAAAAUCUAAAACUAUUCUGGGUGAUGCGUUCUUGAUCUUGUUCUUAAAACAUACCUGUGGUAGCUUUUGAGAAGAGUGUGUUUCACACUGAUGUUCAAUCCUCAUUAGAAGAACUUCAAGAGAAAUUUGUGGAAUUCAAAGUCUGAUUGUUUUAACUAGAAAUUUCCAGACUUUAAUCCAUUCAUUAUUCUAUCUUGUCCUUACAUCUUAAAAGCUUUUUUUUUUUUUUUUUUGGAAUAACUAACUGUGGGAGAGUGUUGUCAAAGUAGCUUGUGUUUUGUUGCAUCUUUUACAUCACCCAGGAAAGAAAAGUUCAGGCUUAACAGUGACUUGGUUAUUACAUCAUCUGAAUAAAUUUUUGCCUUCCAAAAUUA